CUUUCACAGAGUGAAACAUUUAUCUGUUCGUACAAGCACAAACGCUUUCAUCGUCUAUCAAGCGUUUGUAUUGUUUAUGUUUGUACCGUUUGUAGCUUAUCGUCUCGUUCUCAAUCGCCGGUCCGGUGUUGUGUGAUUUUGUGUGCGGUAGCAUUUCGGUUAGGAAAAUCAAUGUAUUCAGUGUGAAAAUGAUCAAGUCUGUGAUCGUGAGAAACUUUGCCACGGCAAUCAAAAAGACUGACCCAAAGCCAAAACAGCUCAACCAGAAGGCGCGCGUCAUUCGAAAUUUGAACUACGAGAACAAAGCUCUAUUUGGAGCCGUUGUGAAGAAGGAAACAGAGGAUGUACCAGCACGAUUAAAGUCUAACCGUCAGUCCGCCAAUCAUAUCGGUAAUAAUUCCGAAAUGUAUUGGCUGCUGCAAAGAGACAAACCAAUCAAAACGCCAGAUCGGUCUUCAAACAUCGAAACGCAGGGAAAUAUCUUGCAACAAUCUCUUGAAAUCCCAUUCAGUGCCAAAGAGCUUCGCUCGGUUCUAACAUUCCCCUUAGCGCCAUCCACAAAUGGAACUCUGGAGCAAACAUGGACCCGUCACGAUCAGUACGAGACGGACCGUUACCGAUCGCCUUCGGUAAACAAAAUCCUAACUGCCACAAUGUCGGAAUCAUCUCGACAGAUUUUGCUAAAAUGGAAGGCAUCCAAAAUUGCCGAACUUGGCGAGGAGGGGUUUGCCGAGUUCCAGAAGGCCACGUUUGAGAGAGGCAGCAACUUCCACUCCUGCUUGGAGAGCUGGCUCAACCAGGAGGAUGUCGAUCGGGAUAAACUGGAACGGGCACGGGAUUUAUGGACCAGCAUCAACGGUUCGUUGGAACGCGUUGGUAGGCCAGCUCGGGUGAUCGAGAGGAAGAUCUACCAUCCGUUUCUUCACUACAACGGAGUUGUGGAUUGUGUGUCUUCGUUGGACAACAAACUGCACAUCAUCGAGUGGAAGACGUCCGAGAAUCAAAAAUCCUCGCUGUCGGCAACGUACGAUGCUCCGGUCCAGUUGUGUGCCUAUCUCGGGGCGUUGAAAGCGGAUCCGGAAUUCAGCGGGCUGGACAUAGCUGGUGGAGCAGUGUUUGUAGCUUACACCAGUGGCAACCCUGCACACGUGCAUUUGCUAAGCCCGGAUAAGCUGAAGAAAUACUGGUCGGUUUGGUUGCGACGGUUGCAGGAGUAUUGGAUUCGGUACCGGGAUAAUACCUUGCCGGAACCCAUUUGAUGUUUUGGUUGAUUAUUGAAUAAAUCUUUGAUGCAUUUAGUUAAUGAAAUAGACUCGUAAAACAUUGAUUUUUAUCUAAUAAGCUUGUGUUUGAUUUUUCUAAAUUUUAGCCAAGGAACAUACAUUAUUUGUACGGGAAGGUAAAAGGUUUCGGGCGCUUCUUCAACAGUUUCGGGAUUUGAGUAGAUGAGUACGCUUUAAAAGAAUUUGAAUUUUGUCAAUUUGAGAUCACUAGUCUCUUCCUAACCAAUCCCAUCUUUACCCCGGUAUGGGCCAGAAACUGCGAAGGAGGCCCGGGAGUUUGGUCGUAAACUGACAGGGAAGGCGAAAAAUGCUUCUUCAAACCUGAGCGUCUGAUCUCCAGGAAGAGCGGCUUACAUUAGCAUCUGUUCCCCACGUUAGGGGUGGCUGAUCAACAUCCCAGUGUGGAGCGUGUUAUGGUAGUGUAAUACUACCUUUCGAAUACAUGUAUUUUAGAGAAUGAGAUACGAUCGAGUAGCGAGAACUGAGUCACCUUUCGAGUUUGUGUUGUAUUCUAUGUGAAAUAUAUUCAGAAAUGUUGAGACUGUGAACG